CUUCCGGUGCUGGACUCCACGUGCCUGUGACGGUGGGGGCCCUGGGGCGCCUCGGUGAGGAGACGGGGAAGCGACGUGAGUGACGCAGGCGAGUGACGUAGUGGUGGGCGACUCCUGACCUCCCGGGGAUUCUUCAGGAGGAGGAUCGUGGGCUUCCACACCGAGGUGGACCUGGUGAGAUGUGUACAUCCGUGAAAACUGGCAAGUGUUACAGUAGUAUGCCCUUUGCUGCAAGUGAUGCAGUCCCCAAGAGAACUGGUUAAGGCUGAGAAAGAAGGCGGUUUGGUGUUAGGAUUCUGGGAGCGCUCACACAAUGGAAGGAAGACCUGCGCUGCCAAAAGAAGCUCCAAAGUCAAUACCUGAGAGACAAGUGACGUGGGAAAGAAAAGCUUGCUCUGCUCAGGAAGCUGGUAUCCUGAGAAGAUGGUGGACUAACAUCUCAAAGACCAUAUUCCCUGCCUAGGGGAGGCCAGACGGUUUGAAAGGGGAAAAUGGAGGGGGCUACUGGCAGGAGAAGCAGGUGCCCAGGCAGUUAGGUGUCUGUUGAGAUGACCCUGAACAGAGUUGGUGGUAUAUCUGGCAGCUCUUUUCAAAUGUAGUCAGGCCUUACCUUCUGGAAAAGUCUGGUCCUUCACUCCUUAAGACCAGUGGUCUUCAAAUUUCAUGGAAAGUAAGUUAAUUUUGCUACAGACCAAAGGGUUUAGUUCAGCAAGCAAGGAGUGCAUAAGCUCAAAGCAAGUUAAUCCUUCAGUGUAGUUUGAUUGCUGGGAUGCCUGGCUGGCUCGUCAAUAGAGCAUGUGAGUCUUGAUCUUGGGGUUGUGGGUUUGAGCCCCACACUGGGUGUUGAGAGUACUUAAAAAUUAAAACUAAAAAAAAAAAAGAGAGAGAGAGAGAGACAAGAGACUAGCUGGAGUGCUGUUCAGGGGAGAGGAAGGGGAAGAAGUUACUAUAUAAAGUCAAAACAAAGUUCACAUUCAGCUUUGCAGACUUACUUAGGCCGUGUUAUCUAAUGGCUCUGACCUGAUAAUAGUCAGUUAAAUGGUAACUUUCUCUCAGACUUUUUGGGAAGAAUUACAUGUAGUGAUAUGCAUAAGUCACUUAGCAUAACACUGGCCUAUAGUAGCAGCUAGUCAAUAAAUAGUUUUUUGGUUACCAUACACUUAAGAUUCUUUCCUGCCUGGUCUUUCAUCUCCCCCUGGCAGAAAAGCCAACAUAAAAAAAUUGUGAAGAUCAGCUUCAAGAGCAUCUAAGAUGACAUCAAUUGUAAGGACACUUACCAGCUGGCCCCAGGAAAGGCUGCUGUCUCUCCCAAACUGGAUUGGGAGCUUCUGAAGGAUGGUGGUGGUGUCUUAAUCAGUCAUGGAAUGCCUGAGAUCUCCUACAAUCACUAGGAUAUAAUAAGGCAUUGAACUCUUAUGUCAUUGGACCUGGGCCAUGUGGAUGUUUUCCCACAAAGCAAGCUAGAACUGCUUCAAUACCACUCAUGGGGACAGAGGGGACGGUGUUCAGAAUUCUCACAAAAGCUGAAGGCCUCAUGGGUGCUGACGUACUUUUAGAAUUGGUGUUCCAUUUGCCGGUCAAUUACCCUUCGUGUUUACCUGGUAUCUCAGUUCACUCUGAACACCUGACCCGGGCCCAGUCAGUGACUGUGAAGGAGAAGUUACUUAAGCAAGCAGAGAACCUUUUGUCGGAACCUAUGGUCCACGAGCUGGUGCUCUGGAUUCAGCAGAAUCUCAGGCAUGUCCUCAACCAACCAGAAACUGGAAGUGGCAGUGAAAAGUGUACUUCUGCAACUGGCAUGACUGUGGAUGAUGGACUGUGGCUAACUCUUUUGCAUUUAGAUCACAUGAGAGCAAAGACCAAAUAUAUCAAAACUAUUGAGAAGUGGGCUUCCGAUUUAAAGCUGACAGGAAAACUGAUGUUCGUGGGUAAAAUAAUACUGAUUUUACUACAAGGAGACAGAAGCAAUAUCAAGGAGUACCUGCUUCUUCAAAAAACCUCCAAAGUAGAUGUGGACUCAAGUGGAAAGAAAUGCAAAGAGAAAAUGAUUAGUGUACUGUUUGAAACAAAAGUACAGACAGAACACAAAAGGUUUCUGGCAUUUGAAGUCAAAGAGUAUUCAUCGUUGGAUGCAUUACAAAAGGAAUUUGAAACUGCAGGACUUAAGAAGCUUUUCUCUGAAUUUGUGCUUGGGCUGGUAAAAUGAAAUGGAAGACAGGAAUCUUUUAGUCAGACAGCGGUGGCUUUUUGUUUUGUUUUGUUCUGUGUUUUACAGUGGAUUUUGGGAAUGGUUAAUUGAAAUUAUCGUAAGGAAACAAUUUUAAAGUUUCUCUGAAGCAAAAUGAUAGACACCAUUCUAACUUCAGGAACAAAAGCCCAUUUUGCUUAUGGAUUAUUAAACUUUAAAAAUGCCCAUAUAUUCUAAUUUUUGCCACUAAAGGCUAAGUUUAAUAGAUGGAAUGUUAUUUGAAAGAUAAAUAUGAAAUGAUGGUAAAUGAGCCCUUGUGAUUAUAUAGAGGAUUUGUUUGGAACUGUGCAAUUUUCUAGCUAAUUUUCUUGUAAUUAAAUGAAUUUUUUUAAAGA